AUGUUUCGUGCAAAGGGAAAAAAUAUAGUUGGUUUAGCAGGGAUGGAAAAACGAAAAAGUAGGUUGGAUCAUUUUCUUGUUGACGGUAACAUCAUAUCCUCGUGGGGAGUGGUGGGGCAAUUUAUUGGGAAAAGAGACGUGUCGGAUCAUUGUCCGGCGAUUAUAGUUCGAGGUAGAGGGGAUGUUGUCUUAAAGGAGAAAUUUCGAAUCAUUAAGGAUAUGCUUAGAUGGUGGAACAAUACGGUGUUUGGCAAGUAUGAUUUGGAAGUGGAGGAAGGGGUUAGAGAGUUGAAUGAGGCAGAUGAUUGUGAUGUUUUGGGUGAAGAGAUUCAAGCUAUCAAAAGAAAGGCUAGUAGUAGAUUUUGGUUGAAUCUCAAAAUCAAGGAGAAUAUGCUUAUUCAGAAAUCUAGAUUAAAGUGGCUUAAUGAUGGAGAUUCCAAUAGUAAAUACUUUCAUAGACUUAUGAAAGAAAGGAGGAGAAUGAAUCAUAUUUGUUAUAUUACCACAAGUAGUGGAAUUAUUGAUAAAGUGGAGGAGGUUAAGGAAGAAGUGAGGCGUCACUUCAAUAGAAAGUUUAAGGAGGAUAAUUAUAGUUGA